UCGUACCGAUUACCAGUGAAUAAUAAUUAUCCCAGCGAUAAGCGUCGGAUCAAUGCAGAUCGAUUAUGCAAAAUUCAAAAUAGUACAUUUGUACAACGAAUCCGUACAUAUUAACUGUUUUAUCGACAGCAGACGGUCACGAGGACCAAACGGAGUGUUAAUUUUUUUUUUUUAUUAAAUUUUUCAUUCGGUUAACCGAAAAACAUGAUUUCACGAACGUGUAGGUGUUUCCCACGUUCAGUGCGAUAAUCGUUACAACGCAUUGUUGCGAAAUUCCACGCCAACGCGUCUUAACUGCGCUGCAAUUUUGUCGACCGACAUUUCCAUACGGUUAGUUAGUUUAAGUAUGCGCGUAAAAAGUGUCCGAAAUGUCAGUGUCGAUUUCGAUUAGCCCAUGUGUUCACCGUUUGAAGUGGUGAAUUAAAAUUGAUUAAUAACUCGAUUUAUUUUGUCUUGCGGGCAGUGCUGGUGCAAGUUUGCGAGGCCCUGGGUAAAAUAAAUUUUGAGUCUUAUAAUUUCUGUUGAUAAAAUAUUUUAAGUUCAAUUAAAUCAGAACCGGGGGGCCCUGGGCAACUGCCCCUAUUGCCUAUUUGCUCCUCCCCUCGCGCUGUCAAUGUUUGCGGGACGUCGAAUUCCAUUUUCGGAUUGUCUUCAACAGAAGAUCCGGCGAAUGAAUAGUGUUCAACGUGUUCGCUGAAAUACGAAAAAUCGAAUGUGAUUCAUCAACGGUACCCAAUGACGUUCGCCCGAACAUCCGAUGCAAACGGAUGCACGCGAAUGCACCACGUAUAAAUUGCCUACACGGCUAAUGGACUCGUUACUGCGUCGCCGAGACGACAUAGCCGUCCGUAUUAUUUCGUUGAUAACAUUACCGUAUUAUCAGUUUCAUUUGUUUUAUUUUUAUUUAUUAUUAUUUUUUUUUUUAUUUGUUCGCUUCAAUUACAUCGCAACUAUUAUAAUUUUGUCGCGAAAAUCAAGAAUUAUGAACAUUUUAUAUUUUUCUACCACGACUGCGGGUUAUUUUGAACAGCCGGUGUGUAAUAUUUUGUUUCGUUCGUACCGCUCCACGUCGUUUUUUUUCGUUUUUUAACUCGUUCGCCCGAACAAUAUUUAUAUUUUUAAUGUACCCGUACAUGAUAUUAAUCCGUACAUUUAUGUCGCUCAAUCCUCAUUCGUUACAUUAUAGUCACGGGCUGAUGUAUAAUAGUAAUAACCAUUGUUUAUUGUUCGAAUAGAUGGAAGAACUGCCUGCCCUCUUGGACAGAUUGAAAUCGACUGUAGAAUGUUUGUCAAUGUCCAGUCGAACCAGUACCUGGGAGGUGUGCGGUGGCUUAGAUCGCCUUCAUUCAAUCAUGAUGACUAUCUUCAGGCAUGGAUGUUUGUCAUUAAAUUCAAAUAAUAAAGAUGCAGUUUGGAAUUUUAUUCAAGGAAUAAAUUGGUUACACCCAAGAAUAGCAUCAUUAUGUACAUUCUUUGAAAAUUCCUGCCCAAAAAAUGAACAUUUGGACAAAUCAUCAUUAUGGAUUUAUAAAAGCCUAGAAAAUCAUACGUUGUCCGAAAAACUUGGAUGGUUGUUAUCUGAUAAAGAUCAUCUUUAUAAGUGUUAUAAACCAGAAGCUUUUUUAUGUCAAAAAGCAUACAGUGAUGCUGCCUUGUUGUGUCUUAAAGUUGUUGAGCUAAAUCAACCUUCUUUACUUUUGGAAAUCGAUCCAAAACUAUAUUUGAAUUAUUCAUCUAAAAAUGAACAUUGUUCUACUCUACCAAAAUCAUCGUACAAACAAACACAUGAUGAGUAUUUUGAACAAUUCUGUACACUGAAAAAUCCUUUAAAGCAUACUUCAGUUCAAAUUAAUGAUACAAAUACAGAACAUCAUAACAAUUUACCAAGUUGUAAGAUUAAGCACUUAUCUUUAAAACAGUAUCACAAAAGUUGGCCAGAUCUGCACAAAAUGUUAGAUCGACCAAAACUAAGGCGAUCUUUUAGUUAUGACACCUUUCAAGCAUCAGACAAUAAACUAGAUUUUUUAAACCUGGCCGAUUCUGAUAUUUCAACUCCUAAGUUAUUAGAUGUAAAUUAUGAACAACUUCUAAAUGAAAAUGUUGAUUCAAAUAAACAUCAGUUAUUGAAAGAAAAAAUAUUUUAUAAUCACAGUAAUUUAUCCAAACGAAUAAAACGACAAUCAAAAUUGAUAAGACUGCCAUCAAAAAUACUAGAAGAAUCUGAUGAUGACACCCGAAGUAAUAUUUCGGAUGGAACUAGAACAUUAAUACCUUAUGAUGAAUUUCCACCUUCGAAGUACACUGGAACACCUGGAUUAAUUAAUUCAUAUUUUCCCGGUCAAGAUUUAUUCAAAUUUUUGUCUUCAGGACAAUUUGUUCAAGCUAAUGCUGAACUUGAUCGUGAAAACGCACAUUUCAAAAUUUCUGAAGCAAUUAUUGGAACUAUUGAACAAAUCAAAUGCAAUCAAAAGUUGAAUUUUACCGACGAAAUAAUCGAAGAGAGCGACGAAGAAAUAAAUCGAUUGAAAAAAAGGAUUCGUUGUCGGCGUAGACAAAAACUAGAAGUCGACCAACCAAGGACCACUGGCACGUCGUCUUCCGAUUGCAUGACCGAAUCUACCGAUCACACGAUGAGCUCCCUGACGUCCUCUUACUGCUCGACCACCUCCAGCAUGUCGACCACGGACGACAUGGACGAGUUUGACUUGGACAACGAGAGCUACGGUUCAUCGAGGUUUUCCGCGUGCAGCUCGUCCACGAGCUCCCUGUACUCGAACGUGGACCGAAUGCGAUCGGCCAGCUCAUGCUCGUCCGUGGUCACCGCGGAAAGCGUCGCGCGCUCGUUGAUCCGUCAGAUUAGCCACAAGAACAAUUGGCCUGUCGAUGUCAACGUCCAGUGGUUGAUAUCGGAACGCGAUGCACCCCAACAGAUUUUGCCAUUGCCGUCGAGUUGGCCCGUCAACCCUCACGAACCCGAAGAUCUGAAAAGUUCCUCCAGACUAAGAGGAACAAAUGAUUGGGCACCACCGCGGCCUCAAAUUAUAUUCACUUGUCAUCCAUCUCCCAUUAGAAAAAACCUAAUGGAACAGCAAGGUUAUAAGUGCGCUGGCUGUGGUACAAAAGUGGCGGUGAAGUACGCUUCGAAGUUCCGCUAUUGCUUUUACUUGGGUCGGUAUUUUUGCACCGGGUGCCACGUGAACAAGACCGCCGUCAUACCCGGCCGGAUAAUUGCUAAAUGGGACUUUUCAAAGUACCCAGUGUCAUGUUUCUCGUUCGCUCUACUCGAGCAAAUGUUAUUCGACCCUUUGUUCAACAUAGCCGACCUGAACAGCGUGCUGUACAAACGCGCUAGGGGCCUGGACAGGGUGCGAUUGUACCGGUUGCAGUUGUACUACAUCAAAGAUUUCAUCUUCUCGUGCAGAUACGCGGAUAGGUUAAAAGAACCAUUGGACACCAUGGAAGCUCAUAUAAUACUGAAGCCCGACUUGUUUUCCAUUCAGAACAUGCUGGAUGUGAAAAGUGGAGAACUGGGGAAAAAAUUGCAAUCCUUGAUCAUCAGCUGUAACAAGCACAUCGUGAAUUGUCAGUUGUGCCGCGCGAGAGGGUUUGUCUGCGAGAUGUGCAACAAGAACGAAGUACUGUUCCCCUGGGACUUUGGGACCGUGACGCGGUGCGUGGACUGCGGAUCGUGUUACCACAAAAAGUGUUACCACUCGCGAGGCGUGCCCGCGUGCCCCAGAUGCCCCAGGAUCGUGGCCAUGUUCAACAGGACCAACAAUCAAAACGACCGACAGGAUUCCGUCGUACAAUCGUAA